CCGGAGGUGAGGCACAGUGCGAGGCGACGAGGCUGAAGAAAUAAUAAUAAAAAAUAAAUCUGAAUAACAAACGGGAAACGAAAAUACCCUAGGCCGGCCGGCGGGCGGCCGUGGUCUCGGCGGCACGUCGGAGACUGUUGCUGAGGGUGGGGGCGGCAGACGUGAGUGAGAUGGUGGGCGGCGGGGGGAGGAAGAGGAGGAGGGAGGAGGAGGAGGUGGUGGUGGUGGCCGGGCGUAGUCGUGGAGCGGUGGUGGCGAGGCACGAGGAGCGGGAGCUGGACGGCGAUGCUUCCGCCGGCGGGAGAAGGAGCCGGGGCGACGAGCUUCUCGAUCCUGACCAGCUCACCUACAUUGAUGAAAAACUUCAAAACGUCCUAGGUCAUUUCCAGAAGAAGUUUGAAGGUGGAGUAUCUGCUGAGAACUUGGGGUCACAAUACGGGGGUUAUGGUUCAUUCUUGCCAACAUACCAGCAGUCUCCUGCCUCAUUUCAAUCUAGAAGCACUGCAGUUCUACCCAACCAUGGCAGUGCCUCAAGAUCACCUUAUAUGCCACUGGAGAGUGCAGAGGAAAACCCUUUUGUCAAGCAUGCAAUAGAUAGCAGGACGAAAAACAAUUAUGGCCAAAGAAUGUCCACUGAGAAUUAUUAUUCUCAACAGUACAGCGGUCCUGAGCAGAAAACAGCAAAAAUACGUAUCAAGGUGAACAAUAAAUGCCUAGCAAGAAAUAAUGCUGCUAUCUACAGUGGCCUUGGCCUCGACAUUUCUCCUUCCUCAUCUAUAGAUGACAGUCCACAAGGGAGCAUUGAGGCUCCUGAGUCAAAAAUUUUGCCAGAUGAAUCUGCAGAUGCCAUUUUUCAGAUAAUGACCCACCAUUCUGUUCCUGGAGGAUUCUUGCUCUCACCUCUUCCAGAAAAUGUUCUGGGACUGAGAAAAAAGUCAACAGCUGUAACUAAGAAACAUGAAGCACCUGCAUAUGAUAAUAACAAAUCAGAAUUACAAAGGAACUGUUGCCAUAGAACCUCUGCUGCUCCAGAUAACAACUAUCAGUUGGUGAAGAAAAUUAAAUGUGAUGAACAGAGAGGUCACCUUUCUAAGUUCGAGAAUUCAGCAUGCAUACAUAACAAUGCAACAAUUAUGAAAAAGGGAACUAAGCCUGAGUUGCAGGAUAUUUCAGAGGAUACAGAUUUAAUCCGUUUACCAAGAAGUGCAAAGAUAGACAAACACGCAAUUGGGGAAUCAGCAGACUUUAUGGCUGAGACUUCAGGUCACCUAAAGGAAACAAAGAAUGGUCCAUUCAAGGGGAAAAGAAGUACUGAGAGUUCAUUGUCAAUCAUCCAUGUUAAAGCUGAUAAUUUAGCAAAUGAUGAUAUACAUCCAAAAGGCAAUGGAAAUAUAAGAAUAACUUUAGUAAGAAAUGCUUUUAAAUAUUCUAGGAAGGAGAAUAAGAUGGAACAUUCACUUGUUGAUGGGUUUUCACAUAAAAUUAAAUCUGAUGAACGCAAUGAUCAAUUUGUUGCCACUUCAAGUCAACUGCAAAUUGAUCCUCCUAAGAAAAUAUCACUUAAGAGAGACAAAUGGAAAGUGGUGCGUGCAAAAGAUGAACCAUCACAGUACAAAAGUAAGGAAUCGAGAAGUUUGGCAGAUGCAGGGUCCAUGGGUACCACAGAAAUUGUAGCAGGAAAUUCUUCUGAAUUACUGAUAGGGAAGAAAGUGUCCUCUUUGCAAGCUUCGCUGUCUAGGAAGAAAAUCAAAGUUAAGACCCAUAAAACACCUAGCUAUGGUACCCCUAAAAAACCUAAUGGUGAUUUUGAGCGUGAUGCGUUGGAUCAUAGAAUUGAUUCGAGUUGCAUACAUCUUGAGGAUAAGAGCUUGAAGACUGGGAGCGAGACUGUUACAGCUGGAUUGACUGAUAAGCAUUUUUCAGGUGGUGGAAAUGACGAAGACCACAAGAUCUCUCCCAUGUUGGUUGAUAAGUCUGUUCCUAUGCCAUCAAGGUGCAAGAAUGAAACUGCAGAAUCAUCCAUGGCAACGCCUGCUCCUAAACCUUUUGACCAAUGGGUAUGCUGUGAUAAGUGUGAGACUUGGCGCCUUUUACCCUAUGGGAUGAAUCCGGAUAUACUUCCAAAAAAAUGGCGGUGUAGCAUGCAGAGUUGGCUGCCUGGAAUGAAUAACUGCAAAGCAAGUGGCGAUGAGACUAACCGAGCUGUUCGUGCACUUUAUAUGGUUCCUGCACCUGAAAAUAACAUCGUUUUCGAUAGUCGUUAUGAUACUGCUGCAUUAUUUAGAUCCAAUGAUGCAGUCAUCGCUUCAGAUAAUUUAAGGAUGGCCAAAAUGUCAAAGUCUUCAGUGAAGCUAGAUGCUCCUAGGAAUCCUGAUGAUCUUGACUGCUUUCCUAAACUCAGAGAAAAACAGAAACGGUUAGAACCAUCAGAUAAAGGACAAACAUUUGCAAAAGAUCAGAUGCAUCCAAAAGGGAAAAGCAGUGGGUCUGAUUAUGAUAACCUGAUAAAAUCAAAGAAAUUGAAGAAAGUAUAUGAUAAACCUCCCAAGAACCAUCCCCCUGAGUUUGAAAGCAAAAGUAGUCCUUCAACCAAGGAAACUCUAAAAGAACUGCCGAAGCAUAGUAAUAUUUCACCUGGUAUGGGAAUGUAUGCUUCACCUUCAUCAAGUAAGCGGUUUUGUGAUGGAGAUAACAUUUUCUCAAAUAGGCGCACUAGAGCUUCAGAUACAAGACAAUCUGAUCUUCAAGACUUGUCCAUUAAGAAGAAUAAAUCAAAACAAAUGCAGUUAAAACAUCAUGGUCCUUAUCCUCUGGCUUGUGAUGCCUUUGCAAAACAUGUUGUAAAUGAAGCUUUAAGUGAAAGCAAUGCUGCCAAGGAGAGGCCUGUGUCAGACCUGAAGUAUGUGGAGGUAAAUGAUCAUGAGAAAUCUGCUCAUGCCAGAGGCCCUUUUUCUGGGAUGGAUAGCAAUGCAAUAUAUGGUGAGAAAGAGGGUUUAGGUGAGAAAAACCUGGAGAAUAUGUAUUUCCAGCACCCAUUGCUCUCUGAAAGUUCAGUAAGGAGGAAUAUCUGUAACGUGCAAGCAUCUACAGCUGCCACUUCCAGUUCAUCUAAGGUGUCUAGUUCCCACAAGAUUAUACCUGACUUUCAAGAAACAAGGACAUCACCUGUUGAGUCAGUUUCUUCAUCACCCUUGAGAACUUCUGAAAAGAAAAACUUCGAUCGACAUAGAACAAAUUCAUGUACAGUGGCAGGAAUUUUGCAUUCUCAGGAGUUGGCGAAAACCGGCGCUUCAUGCUCCAAGGAAAAAUAUGGUUUUGAAUGUGGUUCUGGUCACACAAAUCCUCAUGUUUCUGGUUGCUCUAAUGGAGACAUGCAUCAAGAUGCUUGGGAGGAUGGGGACUUGCAGAAGGAUAAACAAGAUCUAUUGACAAAUGGAUUGUGCAACAGCAGAAGUUCUGGGCUUGGUAUAAGGCACGACCAAGGGCAACUGAAUCCUGUGGUGGAUCAGAAAGUUAAUUUGCAUGUCCUUUCAAUUCAUGGCAAUGGUGAUUUCAGAAGGCCAACACCCAAUCAAAGUGGGAAGACAUUGUCUCAGUAUAAUUCAAAUCAAACUGACCAAACAAAAAUGUCCUCUGGGAAGCAACCAACACAGGCUAAGCCUGAUAAAGGGAAUGUAGAAUACAGAUACCUGAAAACAAAUCCAUCUACUGUUGAAGGAAGCAAGCUAUUGCCAGGAUUAAACAAUAGAGUGAAUGGAAAUACCUCCUACAAGGCAAAACAGUCAAACAAGUCUGUAGCCAAAAAUAUGAAGCAUGCAAUUCUUAAUGCUGACGCUUCAAUUCAAAGUAAUGCAUCUGUUCUGCUGAAGGAAGCUAGAGAUCUGAAGCACUUGUCUGACCGCUUAAAGGGAAAGGGGGAUGACCUUGAGAGUGCAAACAUGUGUUUUGAGGCUUGCCUAAAAUUUCUCUAUGUCGCAUCUAUCAAGGAGACUCCUGGUAUUGAUAGCUCGAAACAAGGGGAUACUCUCAAUAUCAUGACAUUAUAUUCUGCUACUGGAAACCUGUGUGGAUUUUGUGCCCGUGAAUUUGAGCGACUUAAGAAAAUGGCAAAUGCUGCUUUGGCAUAUAAAUGUGUGGAAGUAGCAUACAUGAAGGCAGCCUUCUACAAGCAUCCUGGUGCAAGUAAAAAUAGUCAUGAAUUGCAGGCGGCAUAUAUGAUGGCUCCUCCAGCUGAAUCACCGUCAUCUUCUGCCUCAGAUGUUGAUAACUUAAAUAACCCAAUUACAGUUGCUAAGAUUGCUAUCACAAGAGAUCUAUGCUCUUUUCAGAUUUCUAAAAAUUCAAUAUCUCGAAACAAUCAUCACUUGAUGGGAUUGCUUGCUUAUGCAGAGGACACUAAUUAUGCAUUUGAGGGAACCAGAAAGUCGCAAAGUGCAUUUUCUGCCUAUAUUUCUGGUCUCAAGAAAGAUCAGUCUGAUGGCAUUGGUCUUUUAAGGGAUGCCCUUAAUUUCAAUUUCCAUAAUGUCAAGGGGCUGCUGCAAUUGAUUCGUAUGUCACUGGAGUGUAUCAACCAUGAAAGUGUUAAGUAAUAUAAUGGGCAUUCUUUCUGUGAAUAGAUAUACAAGUUGGCAAUGUCUCUAUGUCGUUUUACAACAGAUGCCUCCAGUAUGGUUGUAAGAAUGGAGCAAGAUUAGCAAUUUUCUAACAAAGGAAAUUUAUGCUGCCAUGGUUAUCACCUGGAAGUAUUCUUUGUGAACGAUCUUUUUUUACCUGUGCCAACCAGGGUUUUACAGAGAAUUAGUCAACAAGUAUAAAUUGCUACUUUUCAGUUUCAAUGUCUGAUUAGUUUCCAAUUCCAUUUGUUGACUUGAACCCAAUAUUCACCUAUUCAUUGCUGUGCUGGGAAAAGAUUGCAGUGGGACAAUGUUGAACCUAAUAAUCUAUGCCCGAGUUCCUACGGAAGCAUAGAUCUAUCAAUGAAGGUU